AACCUUAUACUAUCCUUGUCUUGACUCGAUGAAUCGGUGUAGGAUCCAAAGAAUGCAAAACAGCUGCUGUAUAUUUGUGUAUGGUCUUCGAAAAUAUAGUCAUGUCUCCUCUAAGAUCAAGGAGCUGAAAUGACUGAAAAUGGAUCAAAAAUUUGAAUAUAGUCUUAAGGUAGGGUAAAAGGAGGAGAGAUGGACCAGGAGGAUAAACGGUCCACCGAAAAUAUCCGGCAAGUUGUGUCUGAGACGGCCACUAGAAGGCAUCAUCGCGCCUACGCGAAUGUUACGAUAAUUGAAUUUACCACAAUUAUGCCCAAUAAAUACAUCCGUAAAUAAAGCAC